UUUUCGAAGUUCCAAAUCUGGACUAUAAGGGCCGGCUAAGCGUCCUUUAUUCCGCCCCGGAGACUUUUCGUUUAUCUAGCUGCCCUAGAGACCAAAGAGCUAGGGAGAGUACGCCCCUUCCCCCCCUCCCCGCCCGGCAGCCAAGCCUGGCUUAAAAACCUUCGCCACCGGGCGGCGGAAUUACAAAGGAGGCCGUCUGGCUCCUUUGUCCUGGAUUUGGGAGUUGAGCGCCUUCGUCGCCAUUGGCUUUCCUCCCCCAGCUCCAGCCUCUCACAUCUUGGGAAUCUGCGUCAGAAGUCACUCGCAGUCCCGCCGGCCCAGGCAGCCCAGCCGAGACUGCGGAGGAAGGGAGGCCGCGGUGGGAGGCCAGGCCCAUCUGGCGCCAUUUCCAUCGGGAGCGCGCCCGACGGCCCAGAUCCUCCCGCCACCCAAUGGCUACUUCUGAAUAUUAUAUAUAAAAAAAUGAUACUUUACAAGCAACAAGCAUGAAAGCAGGCUACCAGCAAUUUUGAGAGCUUGCAGAAACGGCUUGCAAGGAAAAUGAAGUUCCCUAUUUUCAUAGCAGAUGCAUUCACAUCAAAAGCAUUUCGUGGGAAUCCUGCUGCUGUUUGCUCCUAGAAAAUAAAUUGGAUGAAGACAUGCAUCAGAAAAUUGCAAAGGAAAUGAAUCUCUCUGAAACUGCUUUUAUCCAAAAACUACACCCGACUGACAACUUUACGCAAAGUUCCUGCUUUGGAUUAAGGUGGUUUACACCAGUGAGUGAGGUUCCUCUCUGUGGCCACGCUACCCUGGCUUCUGCAGCUGUUCUGUUUCACAAAAUAAAAAACAUGAAUAGCACCCUAACCUUUGUCACUCUGAGUGGGGAACUAAAGGCCAGAAGAGAAGAGGAUGGUAUCGUCCUGGACCUGCCUCUUUAUCCAGCCCAUCCCCAGGACUUCCGUGAAGUGGAGGAAUUGAUAAAGACUGCCAUAGGUGACACACUGGUUCAGGACAUCCGCUAUUCCCCAGAUACCCGAAAGCUCCUGGUCCGGCUCAGUGAUACUUACAACAGGUCAUUUCUGGAGAGCCUGAAAGUGAACACACAGAAUCUGCCGCAAGUGGAAAACACGGGGAAGGUGAAAGGACUCAUUCUCACCAUCAAGGGAGAGCCUGAUGGGCAGACUCAAGCGUUUGACUUUUACUCCAGAUAUUUCACUCCAUGGUUUGGUGUGGCUGAAGACCCCGUAACAGGGUCUGCACAUACAGUUCUCAGCAGCUACUGGUCCCAGCAACUGGGGAAGAAAGCCAUGCACGCCUUUCAGUGUUCCAGCCGGGGAGGAGAAUUGAAGAUUUCCCUGCGUCCUGAUGGACGAGUUGACAUCAAGGGAAGUGCUGCUCUUGUUUUAGAGGGCACGCUGACGGCCUAGACGCGCUUGUGCGUGAUGCUGCAAUCUUGACUUACUAAGUAUUUUCUGUGUAGAAAGAAAUGUAAGGGGCUGCUUUGAAUAAAGUUUGCAUAGUAGUCUACUUAAUCCUCACCUUAGACAUAGAACAACAAAGACAUACUAAUGGAAAUUUAAUAAUGCUUCCUGACUAAUUAACUAAUGGAGUUUUGGCUCUACCUGUGAGUAUAUUUGAAAUGUAAGUAACCAAUAACGAAGAAUAAUGUUGUCACCUUUGAUUAUGAGCACCAAUCACAAAAUGAGGAACAAAUUUAUGAGGAGUAAGAGCAAACCGUUUAAACUUAGGUGUGAGUACCAGAUAGACUAUUUUGCAGCCAUUGAAAAGACCCAAUAACUAUGAGUAAGUAUAAAAAAAAUUUCAUGAUACAAUACCAAGAAAGAAAAUCACAAUAGAGUAUAAACUGUUAGCAAUGUUAUACUGUGUCUGUGGAGAAUACAAAUUUAUAUGGACAAAGAUGGAUCAUGAAGAUAGAAAAGUGCAAAGAGUUCAUGUGUGGAGGGUAAGAUUGGAGUAAUUGUAAUGUACCUAAAAAGUUAUUUUCUUCAUUGGAAUACAUUCAUGUUUAAUAACUAAAAAUCAGGACAUGUAACUAAAUAACUAAAAAGCCCAGAAAUUUUUUAAAAUGUAUGUGUGAUAGAGUGGUAGUAAAAUUAAACAUGAAAAGUAA